GGCAGCGUUUUAAUUGCAGAGUGCAAAGGCUUGAGUUGGGCUAAUGAGCGCAGCACCGGGGCUGGGACUCUUUCACACACUCACAGAGAGACAGAGACCCAUAUGGAGUCCUUUACUGGAAAAGCCUCACAAGGCGGCCGGAUUUCAGGUGGAGAAGGAAGGAAUUCACAAAUUCAGGUACUGUCGACUAUGUGAGGGAAUAUACCGGAGGCAAGAGACGGAGUAAGAGGUGGAGAAAGAGAGGAGAGCGGGAGAGGGGAGGGGAGGAAACGGGAAAUACACAGAGAGAGAGAGAGAGAGAAAGAGGGAGGGAGAGACUGGAAGCCUGCAGCAGCAAAUAAGACAGAACUACGAGGCGGGAGAGGUAGAAAGGCAGACAGAGAGGGAGGGAGAGGGGCCCCGUGUAGGAGAGAGGGCUACAGGGUGAGGAAGAAGAAGGACUAAGAAAAAGUUAGGAGAAGUAGGAGAGAGGGUGUCCAGAGAAGGAAAAGAGCGGGUGUAGAGAUUAACAACUACUGGAGAGAAGAAGAGGGGAAACAACAGACAGGAAGGAAGGGGAGGGAGAAGUCUUGAGGGUUGAGAGGAAGAAAAAAGAGCUGAAGAAAAGUUUUCUUGUGGGAAGACGCAGAUGAGGAAAACAGAGCGAGUGAAUGACUGGGCUGGAGAGAGCAGGGAGGGGAGGAAACCAGUUGUUUUCUAAGGCGUUCUCCACACAAGCCUCUGGACUUCUUUGGACAUGUACACAGAAGGCGCACAAACAACGGGACACCACCGAUUUCUUCAGCACAAAAACACCCCCACCCCCUGCGCCUGCCAGCACUGCGUCCACUAUGAGCAGCCGUAUGGCCAUCACGGUGGGCUGGGAUAUCAACCAGCAUCAGCCAGACAGACGGACCACCCAUCUCUGGACUUCAGGAGAGACAUCCAGGCUCCUCGGGUUAAAGAUGUAGGAGGCAGAGCCUUCCUGGUGGAUGGAGUUGAGAGAGGCGGUCAUCGCAGCCCACAGAGGAGGCCUGUGUUUGCAGGGCCCGGCCCUUACGGCCAGUCAGAUGACUUAAGCCAAGUUUGCCCCUGGGAUUUGAACCCUGCCCAGUGGAGCUACCCACUGGAGUCUGGGGUGAGACACUACCCGUCUGUCAGAGAACAGUGUGGCUGUGUGGUGCGCAGUGACAUCAGGGCAUACCCCUUUAAGGCUGGGACACUACAUCCUCUCCCUCAUCUUCAGGUCAAAGGUCAAGGGUACAGGCACAGGAGGACUGUCAGGUACGUCUCCGUGGAUGAGGAGGAGGAAGGCUGUGAAUGCACCAUUGAGAAAUAUCACAUGGAGCAACAUGGUCCCCAUUUGGGUCAUUUUCUCAUACCAAAUGGCCACUGUGGACCGAGGCCAGUGGUCUUUGAGGGAGGGGAGGAAAGAGAUCGCCAUCAGGACUGGGGCAGACAGAAGGGUGGAUCAGAGGAAGAUUAUAAUGAACGUGGAGGCUCUCACAAAGGUUUCUUCCCCACUGAAGUCCCACAAAAACACCUGAACCAAAGCAGACGGAAAGGGCCCAGCAUCCCUUCGUCUGGCACCACCGGUCCAGAAACCUCAAAAUCGACGACCAACAAUGACCACCAGCGUCAGGGUUCAGAGGUAGUGAAGCAGAAGAGGAGGCAGGAUUUGGUGAGGGACCAAAUCCGACAAGUGGUGACAGAUCUGGAGGACGUGUUGGGGGGUUUGAAGCAAGUUCACGUGGAGAUGAAAGAGGUGGUCGAGCAGAUCGAUCGUCUCACAGCCAAUAUUGACCUCAGUGAGGAGACGGCCUGCAGUGCUCAGGGGCCGUCCAAUAACUUUCACAACUCAGCUCAUUCAGGUGACCUCAGGGUGGCCUUGCUGCCCAAUCACAAGCCUACUCCAGUCCAGGCAUCACAACACAUGGACGAGGACUGCAUCAUCUUAAGGACUAACUCUCCCUCCCCUGUCCACAUGGCGUCUGUCGUCAAAACCAGCUGCUUCACCCCACCCAGCCACAGUAGAGACAUCAACCACGAAAGGCCAGGUGUAAAUGGCCAUCUGCCUCACCUGUACUCCCCUAAGGACUCUAACCACAUUGGCCAAACUCAUCCAGAGCACCACCCACAGAGUCUAGACCCUAAGGUCAUCAUUGGGAACAGCACUUCAAGAACUCAGAAGCCUCCACCGUACCCUCAAAAUGGGAGGUGUGGUAAGGGCCCAUACCCGCCUCCCAAGCCUGUGAGGACCCCUGCCUACUCCGGGAGAGGCCGCCAGAGCACCAGCAUGGUGUAAAGGAGGGGGGUGGUCUGCCCCAGUGCCAUGGGGGCCUGAAACAUGAGACCCUGCUGCAGCGAGUGGCAGUCAGAAGGGACCAGGCAGGGGAACAACUCAUGCAGGAGCUGAUGCCACUGAGACAAGCUGUCAGCCCAUGGAAACAGAGCACGACCUGAAGGUGGGGAUAUUUCCAAAGGGAAAACUCCCCCAAGAGUCGAACCCCCGUGACUGUAUGUCUUGGAAGCACAGCAGUGCGGAGGAGUGGAAGUCUAACCUCUCUGAAAAUUUAUGCUUUUACUGGAGAUGUGGUGGCAAAUAACAAAAGAAGAAAAGAUAAACUGUGAACUGCUACAACAACCCAGAGAAACAUAAAGGUAUCUUUUCGUGCCAGUAUUAAUUUAUUUUUAUCUUUUUUUAUUGCAAAAACAUCUCUUGUCAGGCAGCUUACACCAGUUUGGAUGCUACCUAUCAUAACGUAUGUUAUAUUAAGAUUUAUAUCAUCUAAACUAUCGUACAGAUACUUAACAAAUAAAAGGAUUUAGACAAUUUUUCUCUCUGCUACAUGGUUGCUACACUAUGCAAGAGGAAAAACCAGCGAGGAGACAGGAAAGUUGGAAAAGCAGAGUUAGGAUUAAAUUGCAAUACAAUAGAUUCUUCUGCACUUUUCUCAUACAAAUCAAUCUGACAUCUCAAUUGUCUAACUCUAGAGAUGCUGUAUUGACCGCUGAAUGUCCCACAUUUGAAUAUGAAAUUAAAAAAAAAAAAAAAUGACAACAGGAUUUUAUCACCCUGACAAAUGAUUUAUUCAUUCAGUGUGUCUAACAGAAGUUAGAGUGCGUUUCAAAUGGUUGCGCAAGCGGUAGGAAUAGUUCUUGGGCUGAUCUGGAGAUGGCAGUGUGUGAUCUCUCAUGGCCUUAUUCUGUCAGGGAGCUCGUUGCUGUGUCCCAGGCCAGUCAAGCCAGCCUCUGUGUCUCUGUUUGUUUAAAUCUUGUCUGAGACUUUCACCACUCUGCUCUCAUAAGCUCCUGCUGCUAUCAGAGCACACCGCCUCCCUCCGAGAACUGGUGUUAUCCAUCUACUGUACAAAACAUCCCUCAUUCUCUGUCUCUCUCUCUGUGUGUAUCGCUGGUGGAGAGCUACAGAUGGAGGAUGAAACAUGCAAGCUGUUAACUGUCCUGGCCACUUUGUCACUCACUGUCUGCGUCUGCAGCCUAUAGCUGUUGGAGUAAUAGCGUUAUAAUGGCGAGUGAGAGGCAAGGUUGUAAAGAGUCGAUAAGGCGCUGAAGGUUGGAUAGAUGAAUGAGGUAACGUGCCAGAGGCUGUAAGUCAUGUCAAGAGCUGCAUUCAAAAUGAAAAAUGGUCCCUCAAGCAUCCUAUUUGUAUCAGUAUUUGAUAUAGUACAGAACAGGGCUGUAACUAAGUAUUAUUUUAAUUAUCUAUUAAUAUGACCAGUAUUUUUUUUAAUUAAUGAUUUAGCCUAUAAAAUGCUGGAAAUAGUGAUAAAUGCCCAUCUCAAUUUCCUAGAGCUCAAGGUAGCAUUAAAAACACCAAAUCUGGGCCAUAGCUGACACUGAAGACACUGGCCUUCCUCAGAAGUUGCCACACCUUUGAAGCUUUCCAGUAGCAUAGCCCAUGCAGCCUAUAAUGAUAAAAUUCACAUUUGAGUAGCUGGAGCCUCAGAAUGUUUGGCUUUUUUUUUUUCUUGACUUGAGCAAUUUGUUGUUUUUGUUUUGACUAAUUGUUUUAGCAUUAAAGACUAAAGAAU